CUCCACAUCUCACCGAGAAGGUACAUUUAAACAGAAGUGUGUGAGAGGGAGAGACGUGCGAGGCGAGAGGAGAAGGAGACACUCACUUUACGCAGAACAACAACAACACUUGAUAAUCUGACACUAUCUGACAUCAGGGAUCAAUCUGCUUAAUUCCGCAUCUUUUUUUAAUUUCUGGUGUUUUUGUUGGAAAGAUUUUUGGAGAUGUCCAACGUCCAGUUAUCGAGCAGCGCACUGGAGAGGCUGGUGGCCAGGAGGACCUUCCCCCUCCACAGACGCACAAGCGUCUGCCGCAACCUCUUUGGACCGGUGGAUCACGAAGAGCUGAGCCAGGAGAUGAAAUCCAAGCUGCGGGAGAUUUCCGAGCGGGACCAGCAGAGAUGGAACUUUAAUUUCGAGACCAACACCCCGCUGGGUGGGGAUUACGAGUGGGAAGAGGUGCCCGUGGAUACGACCCCGGUGUUUUAUCAGGACUCUGUACAGAACGGCAGGACCAGGGUGCCUGAGACACCCGUCAAGCAGAGGCCCUCCACGGACUCUGUUCUCCCGGACACCCCUGAUAUGGAUGUACUGGAGCGCUUGGCCGUGCCAGAAAGCAGCAGCACUCCCUGCCCGGUGGAGGUUAACCAGGAGAACCGCACAGACAAGCUCAACUCAGGGAAGCCGGCUCACAGACAGGUCCCGUGUGUUAGACGCAAGAGGACGGACACUUCUAACAACAACACACACAUCACAGACUAUUUCGUGAAACGAAGGAGGGCUGCUGAUAAAAAAUCUAAUGAUAUGAGCGCUUGCCACCUCUCCAAGUCUCCAAUCCCGGUGGAACAAACUCCACGAAAGAGGAUCCGUUGAAGGUGUUUUUGCACUAUUUGCCUGCGCAUUUUGAGGAUCGAGAUGAGGAUGUUUCUCCCUGCAACUUAAACCUCCGGAGAAUGGAGAAUAUGGGGGAUGGUGUAUGGGAGAAAGAAGCCCGACCGGCCGGUUGCUUGGGCUCGGUGCGCCCCGGCGGAGCGCAGCCUGAACACCGGACCAGACUCUCAGGACUGAACGGUUUGGGGAGGAGGAAAGAAAGAGAGAGGACAUUUCGCCGAAUGACUUCUAUCCAGUACAAAUGUAGCAUUCAUUGUUGCUUUUGCAUACAGCCACUCGACAGUGUUAAAUGUUUUAACAUCUGUGCAAUCCUAAAUUACUUUAAAAUAAUUGUCUACACUGGCCAAAAGUGUACAGCUUUAUAGAGACAACAGCCUAUAAAUGUUUAUUUCUGUUCUGUUUUUUUUUCCUGUAAAUGUAUAUUUUAAGACUAUUCUAACUUAUAAUUUAUUUAUGUUUCUUUAUAUUUGUUAAAUGCCUUGUUGAUUUAGCCAAAGGGCAUAUUUUUAUUUUAUUUUAUUAUUUCCAUUUUGUGAUAUUUUUUUUGUGAGGUUUUGCAAUCAUGUAGCUUCCCCCAUAGUAGUCCACACUUGAAAAGGAAAAAAAUAGGUUUCAUUGUGUUUCUGAGCCGUGUUUUUUUUUUUGUUUGUUUUUUUUUUGUUUUGUUUUGUGGUUUCAUACAAGUGCCCUAAUUAUGUCUUGUAAGAGAUGAGAAUAAAAUAUUUUUCACUUCAACUGUAAA